GUUAAUUCGUUGGCAAAUUAGAGAUUCACGUAAUCAAUUUCCAAAAACGUGUUAUGCACACACUAGCACUUCCUGAAGAACCUUUUUGUUUGGUUUUUGUAGUUUUCCUCUAUAAUUUAUAAACUAGUAUUUUUUGCAAAGCCAUCGGCAUAAUUUCUAUUGGCACCGCACGAUCCUCCUAACACCAUUUGUCAAAUCAGAUUUGUGGACAUGUGUUUUCUUAAUUCGUUAAUGACGCAUCGUUAGUCUUAGUCAACCCCACUUCGCAUUAAUUAUUCCUCCUCCACAUCUCUUAUUCUUCUCCGGCGACACUCCUAAUUCCUUCUCCACGAAGAAUCUGAAUGAAUUUGUGAGCUUUACUGCUAUGAAUCUAUGCUGCUACGCUUGAAGGCAGUAGUAUAGUGGAAUCACCAUUGCGCUUGCUUUGUAAUUUAGUGUUUUGAUUUGAGAAUAUACAAAUGGGGAAAGCGUCGGGCUUGCUUCUGUGCUUGUUGGGUUUUGGGUUCUUUGUUGUGACAUAUAAUCUUCUGACACUUAUAGUUCACAAUAGAUCUGGUGUGAGUAAUUCAUAUGGGACUCCACUUGUUGAUGAUCCUGUUGUUCAGAUGCCUCUAAACAUUAGAAAGGCCAAGACUUCUCCAGCACCUUUUCAUGUUGCUCUAACCGCCACAGAUGCACCUUAUAAUAAGUGGCAGUGUCGUAUUAUGUAUUAUUGGUAUCAGCAGAAGAAAGCUCUUCCUGGUUCUGGUAUGGGAGGCUUCACACGCAUUUUGCACUCGGGUAACUCCGAUAACUUGAUGGAUGAAAUACCCACUUUUGUGGUUGAUCCUCUUCCCCCAGGUCUUGAUCGGGGGUAUGUUGUCUUGAAUAGACCUUGGGCAUUCGUGCAAUGGCUUGAAAGAGCUACCAUCAAGGAAGAUUAUGUGCUCAUGGCAGAGCCUGAUCAUAUAUUUGUUAACCCCCUACCCAAUUUGGCUGUUGGAGGAUUCCCAGCAGCGUUUCCUUUUUUCUAUAUUACUCCUGAAAAGUACGAACACAUUGUCAGAAAGUAUUAUCCAGUGGGGAUGGGCCCGGUAACAAAUAUUGAUCCCAUUGGAAACUCUCCUGUUAUUAUAAGCAAGGAAUCACUUGAAAAGAUCGCUCCUACAUGGAUGAAUAUCUCGCUGACAAUGAAAAAUGAUCCAGAAACUGAUAAGGCAUUUGGAUGGGUGCUAGAAAUGUACGGUUAUGCAAUUGCCUCUGCUUUGCAUGGGGUGCGGCACAUACUUCGGAAGGAUUUCAUGCUUCAGCCUCCAUGGGAUUUGUCUACCAAGGGGAAGUUUAUCAUCCAUUACACUUAUGGAUGCGAUUACAACAUGAAGGGUGAGCUGACAUAUGGCAAAAUAGGAGAGUGGCGAUUCGAUAAGAGAUCACAUUUGCGGGGUCCUCCUCCGAGGAACAUGUCCAUGCCGCCUCGCGGUGUUCCAGAAAGUGUGGUGACGCUUGUGAAGAUGGUGAAUGAAGCUACUUCUAAUAUCCCAAAUUGGGACACUCUCUAACUUUCACAUUCACAAAACAGAAACUAUAGGGACGAAUCCAUACAUCAAUAUUUUUUUUGCCAACAGAGAUUUUAUUUUCUCCGUUUUUACUUCUUUUAUAUGUGUUCUUGUUUUCUUUUAUCAACUCUCUCGAGUAGUAAAUUAUGAAAUUCUCGGUUUCAGACAACA